AUGGCGCCUCUCCGUCGAUAUCUGAGGAUCACCAAGUAUUCCGUGCUCGAAUGUCGCAUAUAUCUCGACAACCCGGCUUUGGCACAGAGCUGGCUUCUAAAUCCCCGGAAUCCCAUAUUGCCCAAGGUCAUUGAAAGUGUCCGUCCUCUGGUACUGCCAAAACUACGCGAGGAGCAGGAGAGGGAACGUACCAAAAAGAAGAGCUCCAAGAAGAAGAGUAUCAAGGAUGUCGUCGUUCAAGACGAGUUUGAGGUGUCAAUGUUCCUGACCGAGACGAGUACACGCCACUCACUGCUCACUAAGCACAAGCAUUUCCGCGACAAAGCGACCAGCAAGUUGCAGUCCAACUCUAAUAAGCUGAUCAGUGAAACGAAUGAUGCGCCCAUCGACCUGGACAUAGAAGCCGGAGGCUCCGGUGCGACGGCGCAUAUUCGGGAGGAGAGUGAAUCUGAAGAAGACUCCGGCGGGCUAUCCCGGAUCCCCGCCGUCGAUGAAACAAGUCGGCCUCGGCGGUCAAAGAGGCAACGCGGGGAACCUCGCGAGACUGACGCUGAUUACGAAAUGCCUUUGGAUGAUGACGCCGCUGCCGAGGCCUCGGCAAUCGAGAUAGAUUCCGAGGACGAUGUUUUCCCGCCCUCUAAGCGCAUCAAGAAGCAGGGGACCGGGUCUGACGUCGAGCAAGACGACGAUGACAAGAAGAAGAUGGCCAUGGACGUUUCAUACGAAGGUUUUGCCAUCUAUGGUCGUGUACUCUGCCUCGUCGUCAAGAAACGCCAAGGGCUAAGAUUGGCAGCUACGAUCGGAUCUGGAAACGCCAAGCAACCUGCUGGCCAAGCCAGCAUGGAGAACUGGAUCAGCUCUACCCAGAUGCCUAACCCUGGCGCCGAGGAGGACGCAGCUUGA